AUGUUUCCUCGAAUUUCGGUUCAACGAAGGCGUCAAUACUCUGUUAGGCCAUUCUACUGGUCUCUCGUCGUCUUCAUUGUCCUUGCGGUAUUCAGCUUCGGAUUAGAUCAACGGAGCAGUUCCUCGACCGCUGAUGGCUGUCGCCAGGUUCGUAAUACGGACGAUCAAUGUGCUUUUGUCCGCUCGUAUUGCCUGGACCAUGAAGACGGUUUCUUUUCGUACCUUGACCUAUACUACUGCACCCUUGCAGAUGCAAAGUUACUCGCUUUUUUUAUUAUCAUACUCUGGUUAUCCCUUCUAUUUAGCACCAUCGGGAUCGCCGCAAGCGAUUUUCUAUGCAUUGAUUUAAGUACGUUGGCCAGCUUCCUUGGCUUGAGUGAGAGUUUGACUGGAGUCACCUUCCUUGCCUUCGGAAAUGGAAGCCCCGACGUUUUCUCGACCUUUGCCGCCAUGAGGUCCAACAGUGGCAGCUUGGCUAUUGGAGAGCUUAUCGGAGCUGCAGGCUUUAUAACUUCGGUGGUUGCAGGCUCAAUGGCGCUGGUACGCCCAUUCAAAGUUGCCCGCAGAAGCUUUGUUCGUGAUGUCGGCUAUUUCGUGAUCGCAAUAAGUUUCAGCAUGGUUCUUUUAGCGGACGGCCACCUUCAUACUUGGGAGUCUGCCGCUAUGGUUGCGUUGUACUUCUUCUACGUUGUACUCGUUGUUACAUGGCACUGGUACAUAGUUCGACGCCGCCGAGUACGGGAGAGGAAUAUGGCGGCUCGAUCUCACUUCCAUAUACCGGAUAAUCAGGAACUAGAUAUCGAAGAAGUGGAAGAGGACGACCCUGGGGUGGCGUCAGAGUCGACCAAUCUUCUCCGUGGUGCGACUGUGGAAGACUUUGAUGCUCUGGAAAAUGCCGAGGUUCCGGUUUGGAAAGACGCAGAUGAGGAUGAUGAUGCCCGCAAUCGCCAUCUAGCAGAGAUUCGAGACAACAUGCGCAUAUAUCGGCCUACAAUGAAUAGGCGCAAUACGCUCAAUCCUAUCAGGCCGAGUUUAGUUGGCGCAUUGGAAUUCCAGUCGGUUUUAUCUUCGUUGCAGAGAUCGAGAAGUCACAAUAGGAACCAUUCGAUCAACCUUGGGAGGUAUUCGGAUGCAUCAGGUGGUGUGCAGGGACACCGUGCAGAACCGGACAAUAUGUCCAUAGCAUCUCAUCCUCAGAGCAGCCGCUCCCGUGCUAACAAUCUCCUGUCCGCCGAUUACGGAACUAAUCGCACCCGGGCAGUAUCCGCAAAUGAUGCUAUGGGAUUGAGAUUAGAUACCAAUCUCUUUCCCGCUGGCAACACAGCGCAACCCCAAUUAACCGUGAGCAGGCCAUCCAUCGAUGAGGAAUUUAGCACACGACCUCCGCAUACUCUCGAGCCCCAGGCUGGUACGAGCUUGUCCAGGUCAUCUACACCGAGUCCAUGUUCGUCUCGAAGUCCGAGUCCGAGUCUGGGUCUAGGGCCAAACUCCAGACUUCAGAAUUCUGAUUUACUUGCCCCGCCAAAUGCCUUCAACUCUCCAAACUAUUCGGUUGUGGCAUCUGAUUCACGCUCCGCACAGGUGUCCCCGAGGGGUACGAAGUACCCAGCGGGGCCGCAGAAUAGCAUUCCACCUGACUCACCCAGUCCUUUUCCUUCAUAUCAAGAUGUGCCAACGUCGCCAUCUCUGAAACCGCCAAGCAUUCAUCUUCCUGCGCCAUCCAGCCCUACUGAACCGUUACAACUUGACGAAGAUAUGUUUGACAGGAGUAGUCGGCACAUGUCUCCUAUCAGUUGGUGGCCUCGCUCGCGCUCGCGCUUGCAUUUAGCCUUAUCCAUACUCUUCCCGACCUUAAAUGGAUGGAAAGCCAAGUCGGUUUGGGAGAAAAUUCUAGGAAUCGUCGCGGCUCCUAGUGUACUCCUUCUGACAAUCACACUUCCUGUUGUCGACCCUGCGCCAUCUGAAGAUAGUUCAAGCAGCCUACCAGUUAUUGUGACCUCUGUCGACGAUUCAAAUACGGUAGCGCCUAUUGUGCGUCUGCCAGAAGAUUCUCCGCUCCUCCAAGCUCACGACUCGACGGCUGCAACAGAACGGGCUGCAGUAAGACAGGGCAACAAAUUUCAAUCGGAACGGGGACGGUCGCGCUACGACUCUGAACUUCCAGCUGUGCGAGAGCCCAUUGAUAUGCCCGCUCCCACAAGGGAGUGGUGCUUGUGGCUGGUAUAUAUACAGCUCUUUAUGGGUCCCCAAUUCAUAGCCUUAACUGGCUGGACCACCAUAGACGAUGAUCUGACAGCGCGCACCUUUCUACUUCUCAGUCUAGGCGGCCUUUUGUUCUCUCUGAUAUGUCUUGGUGCACUCGUUAUUAGCAUACGCCGAACCCGCAGCGCCUUGGGACACCCUCCAAGGUCAUGGCGCCCAAUUCUCGCACUUCUAGGUUUCGUUGUCGCUAUCUUCUGGAUCGCGAUCAUAGCUACAGAAGUAGUCAGCCUCCUCAAAACCCUUGGCGUCAUCCUCAAUAUUAGCGAUUCCCUCCUCGGUCUUACCGUAUUUGCCGUCGGAAAUUCCCUUGGCGACCUCGUCGCCAACAUUACCGUCGCCCGUCUCGGCUACCCAGUCAUGGCCUUGAGCGCCUGCUUCGGCGGUCCUAUGCUCAACAUCCUCCUCGGGAUUGGCCUUGGCGGUUUAUACAUGACUCUGCAUAACAAAGGCUCGCAAACCAUCGCCACGUCGGAUGUCACCUACGAUAUCGCUGUCUCCAAAGUCCUUAUUAUUAGUGGGGCUACACUUCUUGCUACUCUAAUCGGUUUGCUUAUUGUAAUUCCCUUGAAUAAGUGGCGGAUGGACCGAAAAGUCGGCUGCGGGCUUAUCGCACUCUGGUGCGUGACUACGUUGGGUAACGUUAUUGCUGAAAUUUUUUGGUAA